AUGGCUCCUCAUGACGGCCUGUUUCCCGUAGACUUGCCCAUAGUUGGGCAGACGGAUCUGAAUCAAUACACUCGCAGCAGCAGUGUGAGCGCUUUGAAUCAUGAUUUGAACACGGAUGCUCCUGCUGCAGCCGUCUCGGACUUGCCGCUCGAAGCCGCAGCGAGCUUCGAUUGUUUUUUUAGGAGUAGCAGCCCUCUCAAGCUAAGGCGCAGUCUGUCCCCGUACGAACUGGAAGAACACAGAGCCCUCGUCGACGAAGAGGGCGGGGAGAAGGGGUGCUCCCGCGAGCGGUGUCUUGAAACGCGCUUCAAGAAUGUAGCUCUGUGCCUGUGUGCGCGCCAAGGGUUGCUGGUGCUUCUGCAGUGGAAGUACCUUCUGACCUUCAUCCCUGUUGCUCUGCUGCUGGCUUGGGGCUUGCGUCUCGUGUAUCUGAAGUCUGCGCUGCAAGCCAUCCUGGCAGCGGAAAAAGAGGCGGCUUCCAGAGUUGCAUCCUUCGAACAAAUCGCUGCCCUCAAGGAUCUCUCUUCAGACGCGCUGAGAGGACUUGCAGCCUUGCCAAUGGCGCCUAGGACUGUUUCUUGCUGGAAUCUGCAGCAGUACACCCUGCCGCUGCGCUUUCAAGAGCAGCAGCAGCAGAGGGCAGCUGCCUUCGACCUGCUGAAGUCAGCUGCUGCAGCCACAGUGCCUUCUCCAGCAGAUCUCUACGAGGCUGCACCCUGGAGACAGGACGGUGUUUCACCCUCGCUCUCGAUUGCUGACUGGUCUGCCUUCCCAAGGCAGAACCAGCACCAGCAGCAGCAAGAGAACGCACGAGUCAACGACUCGCGGCAAGCCGGAAGGGCGCUGCCCGAAGACAGCGGCGCUCAGACGCGCAUGUCUUCAGUGUCUGUCUGCACAUAUGGCGAUCCGCGGUAUGGGGUUGUUGUUACAGCUCCUCUGGCGUCGCUUGUAAACUCCGCAGAGAAUGGAUGUAGCGAUAGCUGCUGCGCGCUGCCCUUCUGGAAGGUCGAGAAGGAUGCACAUACGCGAUUACCGCAGAAGAAGAAGGAAGAAAGGGGAGGAAAGGCUGUCUCCUUCGACGAUGACACAGGCGGACUGUGUGGCGAGGAUCAGAGUAGCGACACCAGCAGCCCCUCCCUGUACAACGGGUGCAACACUUUAGAUGCACAUCUCGCUCUCCACAACAUGCAUGCAGGAGCUCGCGGAAAGGGAUUUCGACUAACAGGCAUUCCAGCGGUAGAUGAAGCUCUUUACACGCAUGCAAGACGCCUCAGACGACGCGUGGUGCACUUCGUUAGCGGGCCGGAGCCGUUGACACAGAGGGAGCUUUGGACGUUGGAUUCAACUUUUGCUGCUAUGCCUGGAGCUCUCGUGCGAUGGCACGUCGUCUCAGCGACGUGCGGAGGGGGCGGCAAGCACUCGCCAGCAGCGGCAGCCUCGAGGCGAGCCAUGUCGCCUCCAGAAGAUGCCCUCCACGAGGAGACUCUCAGCUGUCUCGCCGAAGCUCGAGAAAUUCACUUCGCCCAAAUGCAGCUUUUCUGGCGCACAGGAUUCGACCUGCAGUACGUCCAGCACGUCGAUUUAAAGAGCUACUUCGCAGAUCUUCCACUGGAGCGUCACGCCUCAACGCUGAUGCGUCAGCCUCUCGGCCCUGCUGCGCACAUGCAGCACGUUUUGCAGCAUCUGCUGCGAACUUUGGUGGCGGAUGUUUUGCGCGUGGCUCUCGUGUACGUCGAGGGAGGCGCAGUCUUUGCCUUCCAUGCUGGGCAUCCUCGCCUUCGAGAAUGGAUUGCAAAUGUUGCUCUUCUACUGGACGGUGAGCUCGCUGGGGAGGAGGGGAGAGCUGAUCGGAGGAGUUACAGCCCGUGGAGUUGGGCAGGUCGAGAUGGAAAGACGUUAGAAGAUCUUGUGCGAGCCAACGAAGAGGCGGAGAGGCGUUUCCGCGAAAGCAGCAGCAGCAGCAGCGAUGGCGACGCGUCUUUUAUGCGGAUGCUGCUGAUGCCUUGGGGAACGAUGGGGACGCGUUCUCUUCAGUUUAUGCUGGAUUUGUGGGCAAGAGCUAAUUUGCCCAAUCUGGAUGCGAGUUGGGGGGUCGUUUUUUGGCGAGAUGCCUGCGCUCUCUGCAGCGAGAACGCGACGACAGGAGGAUGUGCGUGCGCAGUCUCUAGAGGUUCGAAAACAGCAGCAGGAAGUGCUCCAGCAGACCAAGCGGGAGGAGGAGACAGUCGAGCUUUUUGCGGCGUGGGCGUGCCGAUUUGA